AGCAUUCGGCUAAACGCAAAUUAUUGCAGCGUUGUCAAGGAAACAAGAAAAACAACAUUGAACCAACACAAAAAUUAUAGUCGAAACCUCAAUUUUCCUUCCGGUGCAGUAAUCGCCAAAAAGGAUUCAUUUUAUUCUGGCCAAAUCUGUGGACUUCUCUCCGGAUGCCGCGCACCGCAAGCGGCACCACGCCUUUGGCCAACAGAUUAAAAUCUUAUUCUUACAAGUGAACAUAUACUUUCGCACAACACGGCCUUAAAUUACGCCUUAUAGCAUUUUCGAAACAGAAAAAUAUUUCAAUGAUCUUGUGGAUGCUUUGAACAUGUGGAAGCGGAGGAUGUUGUUAUCACAUGACAAAUCGAGUGUAUCAAAUAAUAACAAGCAGGAUGUAAUCUUCAAAGAGAAACUACCAAAUAAUUUGAACAAACAGUUGCCUUCAUUUAUGUAAACUAAGAUCUAGUCAAGAGUAUUUUAGCACAAAGCCACAAAAUAGCGCUCAAACAAACACAGCACCUAAAAUAAUUUAUAUACACAUACAAUAACUUUAUACACACUAUAUAUACAUAUAUGUAUAUGGUACGAUACGAAUAUAGUAAUAAAGAGUAGAAAAUAAUUAACCAAAAAACUAAGAGCAACAAACAUCGAAACCGAACACGAGUGCGUGUUGUUACCAGCUAUUAUGACCACACGACUUGCAACACAGCGAAACUUUACACUCUCAACGACUGCGAAUGUGGCGCCAAGCGCGGUCGAUGCCACUGCAGCCACAUCCGGUGUCAACGCGACCGUGGACGAUGUCAAUGUUGCAACCGUGAAUGUAUUGUCAACACGUGACAUUAAGCAUGAGGAGAUCGCCACCGAAAUCGCAAAUGCUUGCUCAUCCUCGUCGAAUGCCGAGCACUUUGAAUAUAUUGAUACGACGGUGGACGUUGUGGCCGCAGCCAAUAUGGAGGAUGUCAUCACACAACAAAACAAAUUGGUGGGCAAUGAACAGAAUGAAGCCGUGGCUCUUAUCAGCGUCGUGGUGCCGAUGGAUGGCUCCGAUUCCACUGGCAGUGAGACACAUGUCAAUAUGUCAGAUUUAAGUGCAAUUAAAGAUAACGCGGACUUGUCGCAACAUGUGGCCAACGGGCAGGUGACCCUGGUGCAGGCGCAGACAGCGGACGGUGACGAAGGCACACCGCAAUACAUUACCGUUACAGUUUCUGCGCAGGAUGCUGGCCAGAACUAUCAAGUGCAAUAUGUAGAUACAGAGUUGUAUCACGGCAAUUCCAGCCAAACCCAAAUGACGUAUCCCUUUUGUCCAGUUGGCGAUUAUCAAACGAAUGGUCAAACUUAUUACUCCACGGCGGCAGGCAGCAAUUACGCAACUGCUUCGGUUGCAAACGGACCGACCACACACGCUUCGUCCCUGCCGUACCUAGUACCCGUGGAAGAGGGAUUACUGCUGAACACUUCGUCGCAAUCGCAUAGUCGCGACUCGCCGCAGAGCUUAACGGAAGUGGCUUACAUUCAGGAGGCGCAGAGUACACCGCAAACGCCCACAUCUACAACAACUACGAAUUCGGUGAGUGGCGGUAGCAUCGGCACUGGCGGCGGGGGCGCAUCGCCAGACAGCGAACAAAAUGGACUCGGCACCUCCAACAAAGUAGCCUCAGCCACGAUCAAGUGGUUGUCACGCAACUACGAGACGGCCGAUGGCGUCAGUCUACCCCGUUCCACGCUGUACAACCACUACAUACAGCACUGCAACGAGAACAAAUUGGAGCCGGUGAAUGCCGCCAGUUUCGGCAAACUAAUUCGUUCGGUGUUCUCUGGCUUGCGUACACGUCGUUUGGGCACACGCGGCAACUCGAAAUAUCACUACUAUGGCAUACGCAUCAAACCGGACUCGAUACUGAAUCACAUGAUGGACGAAAAGCCGACGUAUUCAACACAUUCCGGGAAUAGUGUAUCGACCGGCAUCGGUCAUUCUACGGCCAACGGCGGUGUAGUGUCGACCAGUGGAGGCGGCGGCAGCGGUAGUAGCAAUAUGCAGAACAAUAGCAAUCGCAGUUUGAAGAAGUUGAGCUUCAAGCCAGAAUCCUACGAAACUUGUGCACAGUAUUUGGGCGAUGGCGCUGGCGCAAUUCCCUCGUUUCCCGCCAUCGAUUUGAAUCACACCUACAGUAGUGAGCUCUCGCAUGAGGAUGUGGAGACAUUUCGCGCCAUGUACCGCGAGCAUUGCGAAUCCUUUUUGGAUGCUGUGCUGAAUCUCGAGUUCAGCACCAUUGAAUAUUUGUGGCGUGACUUUUGGCGUGCCAACGACAACAACAAUUUAGAGGAAUGUGAAGAGGAGAAGUAUCUGAGCAAGACGAAACUAUAUCUGCUAUGCCAUUGCGCAGAAGUACAAAAGUUUAUCAAAGAGGUUGACUAUCAAUUCUACCAAAACAUGGUCGAUGUAAUCAUUCCCGAUGUUCUACGCUCCAUACCGAAUGCUCUCACACAGGCCAUUCGCAAUUUCGCCAAAAACCUGGAACUUUGGUUGUGCGAAUCCAUGGUCGGCGUGCCUGAUCGCUUGGUACAAAUCAAAUCGGCCGCGGUGUCGGCAUUUUGCCAAACUCUGCGACGCUACACUUCGCUCAAUCAUUUGGCGCAAGCAGCGCGUGCCGUACUUCAGAAUAGUUCGCAAAUAACACAAAUGCUGAACGACUUAAAUCGUGUGGACUUCCAUAAUGUUCAAGAACAAGCAGCUUGGGUAUGUCAAUGUGAGCCGGCGGUAGUGCAACGUUUGGAAAAUGAUUUCAAGUCGGCACUACAACAACAAAGCUCCUUGGAACAAUGGGCGUCUUGGCUGCAAUUGGUCGUUGAUUCUGCCUUACAGGAGUAUCGUGGCAAGCCCAGCUACGCCAAGGCAGCGCGUCAAUUUCUACUCAAGUGGAGCUUUUACAGCUCCAUGGUUAUACGUGACCUGACACUACGAUCCGCUUCCAGUUUCGGCAGUUUUCAUUUGAUACGUUUACUCUAUGAUGAGUACAUGUUUUACCUGGUCGAGCACAAAAUAGCUGAGGCACAGCAGAAGACCGCCAUAGCGGUUAUCUGCGAUCGCAUGCACAAGGAUAUUGACUUCGAGUUUGACUACCAGUUGGAGUUUAUCAGCGAGACCCAUGAACAGCAGCAGCAGCAGCAACAACAACAACAACAACAUAACUCAGUGAACAUCAACACUACUUCCUCUGUCGGCAAUCCUGCAAAGCGUCUAAAGCACGAAUGAGUAAGUGCCGCGAUAGAACUGCAGAGCGUACACCGAACGACACCCAGCAGUAUUCAAUGUAACGAUGUUGGCGUACUGCAGGCAAAGUUUGCCGAGUAUCUUUGCUUGUUGGCAUCCUUAUAGUGGUAGUAGUACUAGUUGUAGUCCAUAAAAGAUAGCCAUAGCCAUAGCUGCAAGAAACGCCAUUGAAGCACCAAAUAUAUACAUACAUACAUAUAUGUAAGAAUGCAAAAAUAUAAAUAAUAUUAUAUAUGCAGGCGCGUGCGCGAGAACUUGCAUUAUAUGUUUUAGCAAAGGAAUACAUUUCCAAGCAUUUAAGCAUUUAAAUAAUACAGACAUACAAAUUAAGUAACUAAUAUUAUAAAGAUUUAAUUUUUAAGUUUUUUUUACGCAUGUUUAUUUGAAUAGAAGGCAAGUAAUUUGUAAUUGCCACCAAAUAGUGUUAAGCCGUCCAUACAUAAAGAAAAUGCCGACACCCCAAUUGUGCGUCUCUAGCGUAUGUGCUUGUGGGUGUUUAUUGAUUGUAAAGUUGUUUUUCGAAGAAUCGGUACAAUACAAUACGUAAAAAUAUACUAUGAAAAUAAUUAUCAUGUUUAGGUGUCAUAUACAUAUUAUAUACGUAUGUAUGCUUGUAUGUAUAGUUGUUGCUUUUUAUGCCUUUGCAUAUAUAUAAAUAUAUAUAUAUAUAUAUGUUUGUAUAUGUAUAAAAUAUCAUCUAGUGUCAGUUUUGUAAGGUUUCACGGAGUAUGAACGCCAUUGUUUCCCGGGGGAAAAUGAAAAUUCCACUACUUGGAACCUCUUCCGCUGCAAAAAUAAUAUUCCUAGAAUGAAGAAGCGAACCGGCAUCUUAAAUUAACUACACGCUUUGGCUUGUAAGCACUUUUUACGUUGUAGAAUAAGGGACACAACGUGGAACUAAUGAAAUGAGAUAACUAACAUAUUUUUUGUUUUUGUACAAAACUCUAAGUUUUCAAAAAUUGGAAACACUUUCUUAUUAGUUUUUUAACUUCUUCCAACUUUUCCCUCAGUCAAUUCCGCACUUAAAAAAUUUGAAGUGAUAGCUAAGUAAUAGAAAAUAUAUUCUAAAAUCGCCAUAAGAAGGAAUAUCUUCAACUUCGCUGCCACUUGCGAAGAUUUUUGCUCAAAUAGCGUAAAAAAAUUUAAAUUAGUAUGACCUUGUUAUUUUGUAUAUAUUUAUAUGUUAUAUAUUUUAGCAUUUAAAUUUUAUUUUUUAUUUGGCAUUUAUUCAUAUUUGUGUAUCCCAGUACUAUAUUUACUAUAUAUUCGUAGAAGUUUCACAAAAUAAAUUUUAGAAAACUUAAAAUUUUUAAAAAGAUUCAGACAGCCAUGAAAUUUAGUUAAUUAGCAAAUUGUAGGAGUUAUAGAAAAAUCAGACGAAAUUUUUAAUUUUAAGGUUAUGUUAUUAAAUCAACUUACCUACAUCUUUCUUAUUUUCUAACCAAAUUUAAAAUAUAUAUAUAUAGUAGAUGUGGGUAUAAAAAUGUAUAUCCAAACAAUUGACCGUCUAUUCGAAGCUCAAGCUUCAAAACCUGCUCUGACAAAACAUUGUAAAAUAUACAUUUUGUUCUGGGUAUAAUAAGUUUGCUUAUAAAAUAUAUAUAUGUACUAUAUAUAUAAAAAUUCAGCGUGACGAGCUACGUCCAUUUUGUCAUGUCGGUCUGUAUGUUGCCUGCAUAUACGCGAUUUAGUCUCUCGAACUGAAAAACACGUCCUUUUCUCUUCAAAAAGUUGCUCAGCUGUAACGCCGAUAUCGCACCACUGGAGCAUAUAGCUGCAAACGAAAUUCCGGAUCAAAAUCUUACAUAAAAAACUUUGCUAUUUGAAAAGAUAUCUUCCCAAUCCGAGCCUUUUAUUGCUCAAGGCAACGCUGCAAUGUCCAAAUAAAUUUUUUAGAUCAGAACACUAUAGCAUAUAGCUGUUAUACAAACUAACCAACCAUAAUUAUUUUAUUUGUGAAGAAUAUUCUAGCUUCGGUGCAACCGAAAGUUUUUUCUUCGUUUGAAAUUCCUAACGCCAUUCCAAAAAUUCCAAAUAUACAUAUUUAAAAAAAAAAAAACAAUUUAGAUUUCUAAAAAUAUUAAUAAAUUAUUAGAAAAGUUGUGUCCAACGCGCUGUAGUGUUGUUGUUGUUUUAACGGUUAUCAGUCACCGUUAGGAUCGUAAGGGUUAUCUGUGUUGUCAUCGACGUCAUCUAACGGGAGGCCCAGGAAACGUGCUGUUUCGACGGGGUCGGACCAAAGGGUGUUAGAUGAGUGGGGUUGGUAGGGCAAAGAGGUGGUCAGUGUCAUGCGGAGACUCGUUGCAUGCAGGACAUACAUACAGUUGUUGUGUUACAACACGCGCUGUAGUGUCGAGGUGUUUGGUUAGGUCAGCUUCAGCAACUAGAAUUUGAAACGCAGGCGCCAUUUUUUACACCGUCAAUACAACACAUAAAGCCUUUCAGAAAUUUAAAUCCUUUUUCUUUACUCCAAAAAUAAUAAAUGACAAAAAUUAACCAUUUCCAAGGCUCUAAAUUGGUCUAACCCCAUAACAAGCCAUAACAGUACAGAAGAACUAUAUUAAAAUUAGAUAAUAUUGAACACGAAUUCAAAAUUCAUUAGUAUUUAUUUUAGCUGUUUAUUUACCAGUUUGCUAGUCAUAAUCGUUUUAAUUAACUGCUUUUAUUUUAAGAAUUUUUUUUUUUUCAAAAUUUUCAAAAGCAUCACCUAGCAUUAAAACGCUUUACAUACUAAUUAAUUAUUGCGUAGUUUAUAAAUAAAAUUACUUUCGACUGCAGCACUUAUUGUGGGUUAUUUAAAUAAAUGUAAAAUAGAAGUUUUUAUAAAAAUAAAAAUAUAUACAUACAUACAUAUAUAUUAUAACAGUAACAUAUUUAAUAAUAAAAUUUCUUUACAACGCAUACAAUGUUUCAUGUACAAAUAUGAAUCAAGUAUUUUUAUAAGACGAUUAAUACCAAACAGCACAAAGGAAUAUAAAACUAUAUUGUUCUGCAUAGUCAAUAAGUUCGUAAUUGCUCAAAGAACUCUAUGAAUGUAAUUGUUAUAUGUAUAUUUUAUAGUAAACGCAAUAAACAUUCCAAUGCUCAAACCUUCAAUGUAUUAAAUAUAUAUAUGUGUGUGUACUUAUAAACAUACAUAUUGACCUAUAUCAUAUACAUAUAAAUAUCGGUACAAAAUGUGGCGCAAUUCGUUUUGACUACAGCGAAAAAAAAUUCAGAAUUGGUUGUAAAAUUAAGCAAAUAUGCUACAAACUAUAUUUUUAAGCAAUGUGAAAAUAUACUAACUAUAAAACUGUUAAAAAAAUAACAAUUUUGGAAAUCAAAUUAUUUACUAUGACUCUAAAUUUAUGUAAUGCAAAUAAAGAACUAUCAAAUAUA